UUCCAAAAUUGGAGAGAAGGGACCAAAUUAUGUAAGCAAAUUGCAAUAACCCAUUAGGCUCAGCGGCUCUCCAGGAAGCACAUGUCACAAAUCUAAUAUAAAAAUAGGCUUCUUUACAGAGUUGAUUGAGUGAUAAUGAUAGAAAGUUAAAAUGAUAAAAUAAAAUGCUAUUUGCAUGAUAAUUAUAAGAGUAUAACAACUUCUAUGACACAGGAUCCACCCCACUUUUUUACUAGGAUAUGCUAUUCAAGUGAUGUAGAAAAAUUAACGUGCAAAAUUCUUAAGCUAGCUACUCUGCUUCAGUUUGUUUGGCAUCAGAAUAUGAAAAAUUCUAAAUUACAGUAAGAACACGUUGUAAAUUUAUAAUUAAUCACAAGUUGUGGUUUCCUUCUUUCUACAUAGGAUAAAACUUAACCAGGAAUUCAGCAUGUUAAUAAUGACUCUAAAUUUCUCUCAAGUCCAUUCUGGCAUGAGUGUGGAUGUUAAAUAAGGUUUCUGAUUCGGAAACCUACGAAACCUCUGCCACAUGAAUCCCCUUUUUUCCCUCUAAAGGGGCGUGAGAAAUGCAAUUAAAGUAAAAUCUAACUAAAAGGUUUAUUGCAUGCAUACCUCCCCCACCCCAUAGACCACAGUAUUCAAAACAUAAAAACAAAAUCUAUGUCCAAAUUUUCAGAAUUCCUUUAACAAAUGGCCUUCAACAACAAAUCCAAGAAGUCCAGUUCCCCUUCUAAUUUUACUUUCUGUGUCACCCUUUUCUUCCUUGUCCUCUUCACCAUACCAACAUUUUUCCUCCUCCACACACCCACCACAUGCACCACCCUUUCCAAAACCUGGUCAGGUGAUCUUCUUUUAGCCGAAUUCGCAUGGAACAAACUCCCGUUUCUAGAACAGAACCCUUCACCCGUACCUCUCAAAGUCGCUGUCUUCUCUAGAAAAUGGCCUAUUGGAAGCACUCCUGGUGGCAUGGAGCGCCAUGCGUACACACUUCACACUGCUCUAGCUCAGCGGGGCCACAAGGUUCAUAUAUUCACCUCUCCUCCACAAGAAGAAACCACUUCGACCUUUUGUUCAGACGCAACCGGUCACCAAGAAGAUGUUAAUGCUCCUUCUUCACCAUUCAUACAUUGCCAUGAGGGGGAGCCAGGCAAGUGGCGCUACAACAAAGCAUGGGAACAGUUUCUGGAACAAAACCAGAAAGAACCCUUCGAUGUUGUUCACUCAGAAAGUGUAGCACUUCCUCACUGGCUCGCUCACGACCUUCCAAACCUUGCAGUUUCGUGGCAUGGCAUAGCACUUGAGAGUUUGCAAUCUAGCCUUUUCCAAGACUUAGCUCGUAGAAUUGAUGAACCUAGAUCCCCGGAUUUUGACAAAGGCUUAUACGGGGUUCUCCCUAAGAUUCUAAAUGAGAUAAGGUUCUUCAGAAACUAUGCACACCAUGUUGCUAUCAGUGAUAGUUGUGGUGAAAUGUUAAGAGAUGUGUACCAAAUCCCCAGCAGAAGAGUGCAUGUGAUUCUUAAUGGAGUUGAUGAGGGUGACUUCAGAGAAGAUGUGGAAUUGGGAAAGGAAUUUAGAACCAAAAUUGGCAUUCCAAGCAAUGCUAGUUUAGUGCUUGGUGUCGCUGGAAGAUUAGUUAGGGACAAAGGCCACCCUCUCCUUCAUGAAGCAUACUCUAGGCUAAUAACAAAACAUCCUAAUGUGUAUUUGAUUGUAGCUGGCUCAGGACCAUGGGAGAACCGAUAUAGGGAUUUAGGAAAUCAAGUUCUUGUUCUUGGAUCCAUGAGUCUUUCCAUGCUACGAGCAUUCUACAAUGCCAUUGACAUUUUUGUCAAUCCUACACUUAGACCACAAGGCCUUGAUCUUACUCUGAUGGAAGCCAUGAUGAGUGGGAAACCCCUUUUGGCAUCAAGAUUUCCAAGCAUCAAAGGUAGUGUUGUGGUGGAUGAUGAAUUUGGCUUUAUGUUCUCUCCCAACGUGGAAUCCCUCAUGGAGGCACUUGAAGCAGUGGUGAAGGAAGGAAAGGUAAGGCUUGCAAGGAGGGGAAAGGCAUGCCGUGAAUAUGCAGUUUCUAUGUUUACAGCAACAAAGAUGGCGUUGGCCUAUGAGAGACUAUUCCUGUGCAUAAAAGAAGAUAAAUUUUGUAACUAUCAUUGAGGUGUAAUCUUUUUCUUUCCAUCAUUGACU